AUGGCUGUAGAGAUCGAGAUGAAUCCUGCGGAUGACGGUAGCCAGAUUAGAACCAUGGCUGACUUAAAAUCCGAAAUUGAUCGACCACGAACCAUGCCUGCAUCAGCAACUGUAAACCCACGAUGUCCCAAGGUUCCAAAGUCGUUGUUGCCAUCAGAUGCCCAGGGUUCUGAGCCUUCUGACGACCACCCUUAUGAGCCAAUGGUCAUGUCUUUGGGUCCUUACCACCAUGGCAAUCCGAAGCUCGUACGUGGAGAAAAGAUCAAGCUUCUAUUGGCGCUAGAUUUCUUCGAUGAUUUGAAGCAACCCAGCACUGUUGACCAGCCCGUAGACCAACCCGUAGACCAGACAAAAAAGAAGGUAGUCGAUGAAUUGUACAGCAGAAUUAGCAGUGUUGUUAGUAGGUUGAGGGACUGUUAUGAUAAGGAGUCGAUAGAGAAUUAUUCGAAUGAACAAUUCAGUGUGAUGAUGCUGGUGGACGGGUGUGCUUUAAUGAGGUACAUUCUUUAUGCUUGCAUUCAUCGUGACCGUGACCAUGAAUCUUUCGAUAUCAGAUAUGAGGAUCUAAGCCUUCUGCAUAGGGAUGCGAUGCUGCUGGAGAAUCAACUUCCCUAUGAAUUAAUCAUGGAAGUGCUGAAGAUGAAUAAAACAUGGAAUCCUUCUUUUUGGAAAAUGCUAUGCGUGGAAUUCUGUGGCAUGACCCUGUGGGAGGUGGAGCCAUACUCAUUCCUGCAAAAAAUGAAGAAAUUUUGCUGCGGCCGGUUCCCCGCAAUCGGCCAAAUUAUUAACCGGCAGCGGAGGCCAAACCCUGAUGAAGAAUCAGGGAGAAACACCAAUGAAGAAUCUGGGAGAAACACUGAUCAUCUCCUCGAUCUGUACUGGGAUAAUUUCCUAGGAGCCAAAUGUUCUAGCCACUUAGAUUAUUUCCUAGGAGCCAAUUGUUCUAGCCCAACGCAUGGGGGGGAUAAAACUGACUGUAUGGGAUCAAUUGUUGAUGUGAAGGAGCAGGUAAUGGCAUCAUUUAGAAAUGUGAAGGAUCUUAUGGCCGCUGGAAUCCGCAUCAAGCCUAGCCCUACACGUUUUUUGAGGGACAUUUCUUUCACUUCCAAUUGCGUCACUGCAUACCUCAGACUUCCUCCCAUCACCAUUGAUAAGUCAACCAAGGAUAUGUUCUUCAACUUGAUAGCCUGGGAAAUGAGCUCAAAUAAGCCCCAUGACUUCAUCUCUUACCUUCGCUUCCUUGAUUCCCUCAUUGAUGAUGCUGAUGACAUUAAGGAGCUGCAGUCCGCCGGGGUACUCCAAAACAAUCUAGGUACUCAUGAAGAAGUGGCUAAAUUCUUCAACACUGUGUCCGCCAAGUUGGUAUCAAACUUUCAUGCUUACAAUGAUGUGAGAGUCAAAAUUCGGGAGCACCUUAAAAGUUACCGUAACAGCAAACUGAAAAGAUGGUUGACACUGUGCCUGGACACCUACUUUGGUAGCCCCUUGAAAAUAAUAGCUUGGGUUGGUGCUGCUUUGAUCCUGUUCCUUACUGCCGUCCAGACUUAUUUCACAGCCUUCUCUCAUUGA